AUGGCGCGCCGCGCCCAGAGCGUCGGGGGGGUGGACGAGGUGCCGAUGGCGAUCGACGGCGGCACGAAAGGAUUGGCGCAGAGUAUGCACCACCCCAACGCCGGCCAGGGAGCGUUCACAACGACACAGCAUGCUGAUCCCCACCCUCCUACGGACCGAGACCAGCUCGAGGAACACGUGCGAGAAGCCUACCGAAAUAUCGCCAGCCUGGUGCAGCGGGAGACCUUCCAAGGCGUCUGGGAGGCCAUCCAAAAGCUUUUACGUGCCGACCGCGUGGCGCACGCACCACGUGGCCAAACCUCGGAUAAAUUCACCACCACGAAAGCAGAACUCUCGGCAACAGUCAAGGAAGCGGUAGAAGCAGCAAUGGGAGGCAAGACUAUGAAGAAGACUUGGGCGGAGAUUGCAGCCGGCGCGCACACUACUCGCCAACACCAGGUACCCGCGGAGAAACCGGUCCCUGCUCGCUUCGACAGGGAAGUGGUGGUCCGCGGCAGCGGCAUUACUCAAGAGCUAAAACAACGCCGCCCCCCGGAAAUAAGGGAUUUUCCGAUGAUCUGCCGGAUCUGGCGAUUUGCCGGAUUGUGGCGACUUCGCACGCUCAACAUCAAUCGACGAUAG